CAUGUCUGUGAGAGAUACCAUGACAACCAGGAUGUCACCAGUAACUUUCUGGGAGCGAUGUGGCUCAUCUCAAUCACCUUUUUGUCCAUCGGCUAUGGUGACAUGGUGCCCAACACUUACUGUGGGAAAGGUGUCUGCUUGUUGACUGGGAUCAUGGGUGCAGGAUGUACAGCACUGGUGGUAGCUGUCGUUGCUAGGAAACUAGAACUAACCAAAGCUGAGAAACACGUCCAUAACUUCAUGAUGGAUACACAGCUCACCAAGCGGAUAAAAAAUGCAGCAGCCAAUGUUUUACGGGAGACCUGGCUGAUCUACAAACACACAAAACUGCUCAAAAAGAUCGACCACGCGAAAGUGAGGAAGCACCAGAGGAAGUUCCUGCAGGCUAUCCAUCAGCUUCGCAAUGUGAAGAUGGAGCAGAGGAAACUCAAUGACCAGGCCAAUACUCUGGUUGACCUCUCAAAGGUAAUACCAACGGGAAAAAUUCAAACUUCUGAGGAGGGCAGGAUGGCUCACUAUCCUUCAGCCCCAUCUUUAAUCACUCUAUUAUAAUUUUCCGUUGCUGUCUCUGUGCCUUGUUGGUAAUUAAAGUACUGAGCCAUUCAGAGAAGUAAGAUGCCAGGUUCCAUUCCUGGUAUGCGC